CGACUCCCAUCCACUUUAAUGCAUGUAAUCACCUGUCUCUUCUGCUCUGCUUGCUUGCUCUCCUCUUCUUAUUAUAAAGGCAAGGUCCAUGUCCAUCUCCCUCGCCCUCGCCCUCUCUUUCUUGACAAAUCACAACAACUAGGGUAGGCAGAUGCUGAUGGGUUUCCCCGUCGGGUACUCGGAGGUGCCCAAGCUGUUGCUGCACCUCCUCGUCCUGCUCGGCCACCUGCGCCGCCUCUCCUCCUGCCUGCUCCGCCUCGCCGGCCUCGACGCCGGCUCCCACCAGCACUACUGCGACUGCGACGACGGCGCCGCGGCCCAGCGCCUCGAGGAGCACUCCCCGGCGGUGCGCUUCGACUCGCUCUCGCCGGCCGCGCUGCCGGACGACGGGUGCUGCGUCUGCCUGGGCGACUUCCACGCCGCCGCCGAGGUGCGCCGCGCGCGCGGGUGCCGCCACGUCUUCCACCGCGCCUGCCUCGACCGCUGGGCGGCGCACGGCCACCGCACCUGCCCGCUCUGCCGGACGCCCAUCCUGCCGCUGCCGCUGCCGCCGUCCUAGCCCAAUCACUCUCUUCUUUUCGAAAUCAAGUAAGCAUAGAUAGAGAGCGCUGCAUGGCUUGGUGUGAUUUUAAACAAGUAUAGACUAUAGAUAGAGAGAGGGGCUCAAACUCAAAGGCGCCUCGUGUAUUCUGCUUUGUUUCUGCUCUCCUCUCCAAGAUGCAUGCAACAUCAAGGGCCACAAGAAAGUGACAAAAGGUAGUAGAUGCUGAUAGAUAGACAUGUUUAUUUAGGUUAGGCAAGUAAAUACAAGACUAAGUAUAUCCGCUCAUUUUUCUUGUGUCCCCCCCCCCUCUCUUUUGGGGAUCUGGAGAUUAGGAAGGCCCUGUUUCUGUUUGUUAACGAUUUUGUGUGUUUUUACUCUUACUUACUUAUGUUGAGGAAUACAGAGGACAUUGAUGAUGGUUCACCUAAGCUUACUUGUAGACUUGUAUGUUGCAGUAGGCAAAUUCUAAUGCGUCUGCUAGCUUCAAACAAGCUUGGGUUUAGUCUUGAGACCCAACCCAAUGUAAAAGCAAAGCAUUUCUCUGCUUUACACAGUCCAAAGGCCCAAACCAAACGGACUAAUUUCUCUGCUUCACUGCUAGCCGCAUGGUGUGCGUGGGCCAACACACAGAGAAAACUACGGAGAGCUUUUCAAAAGAGAAAAAUACGGCACUAGUUUUUGAAGCCCAUUGGGCUUGACAAACCUUCCAGAACCCGCCUCGUGCGUGGCAGGAACAGGAGGUACUGGAGAACUGGUGUAAGGUUUCUUAGGGUGAAAUCUGCCCAUCAGAAUUUAAAUCCUCGAUUUGGUACAAGUGCUCACAUUUUUUUGAAUUUAUUUCAAAAUUUAGCUGGCAUUUUUAUUUCAGUGGUAGACGACGUGCUCGUUGAUAGCGUGAUGACUUCAUCGGUCCUCAUGAUCUGUCGAGAUGUUCAUAAAACUAAACUAGUAUAGGAUAUUCUUUUCCUCUCAAAUAAAAAGGAUAGGAUAUUCCUUCCUCGGAGCAGGACAACUGGACAAGAGGCAAGAGGGUGACUCCAAGUUGGUUGGCACUGCAGCAGCCGCAGCCGCAGCCGCCGCACGAUACGCCACGCCACAGAUGGCGGCCGGCAGCGGCAUGCCGUUGCCGGGAGCAGGCAGGCACACCACAAAACCGCACGGCGCGAGUACACACACACAGGAGGAACACGACAGACAUGGCGAGUGGCCGGCCGGCCAUGCGCUCCUCGCCACACAAGUGAACAACUCCAUCAUCAACAUCUUGCGUGCCAUCCGCCUCCUCAUUUCAUUCCUCUGCUUCUAAUUCUUCAAUCGGUUCUUCUUCUUAUCUUGUUAUCUUCACGUACGGAUGCCAUGCCCUGCCAAUGCCAUGCCAUCAUCUACCGGCAACCAACAAAGCCAGCGAAACCCUUAAUUAUUAGCUCCUCGUUAACGACGACAUUGCCUCCUGCAUCUGCGGCAUACCGUCGUCGAUCGAUGGCGGCGCCGGCGCCGCCCAUCAGCAAGCGCCUGAUGCGGUGCCGGUGCUGCGAGGACACGCUGGGCGUCCCGCUCCGCCGCGCCCAGCAGCAGCAGCAGCAGUUCCCGGAGCUGGUGCGGCUGCGUGAUGCGCCUCCGCCGCCGCGGCCCCGGCGCAUCGUGCUGGUGCGGCACGGCGAGAGCGAGGGCAACGUGGACGAGGCCGCCUACACGCGCGUCCCAGACCCGCGCAUCGGCCUCACAGCCAAGGGCCGCCGCGACGCCGAGCUCUGCGGCCGCCGCCUCCGGGACCUCUUCUCCUCCGGCUCCGACGACGACUGGAAGGUCUACUUCUACGUCUCCCCCUACCGCCGCACGCUGGAGACGCUGCGCGGCAUCGCCCACUCCCUCGAGCCCCACCGCAUCGCCGGCGUCCGGGAGGAGCCGCGCCUCCGCGAGCAGGACUUCGGCAACUUCCAGGACCGCGACCGGAUGCGCGUCGAGAAGGAGACCCGCCUCCGCUACGGCCGCUUCUUCUACCGCUUCCCCAACGGCGAGUCGGCCGCCGACGUCUACGACCGCAUCACCGGAUUCCGGGAGACGCUGCGCGCCGACAUCGACAUCGGCCGCUUCCAGCCGCCCGGGGAGCAGAGCCCCAACAUGAACGUCGUGCUCGUCUCCCACGGCCUCACGCUCCGCGUCUUCCUCAUGCGCUGGUACAAGUGGACGGUGCGCCAGUUCGAGAGCCUCGAGAACCUCGACAAUGGCGGCGCCCUCGUCAUGCAGACGGGGCAGGGCGGCAGGUACAGCCUCCUCGUCCACCACACCGCCGACGAGCUCAGGGCCUUCGGGCUCACCGACGAGAUGCUCGAGGACCAGAUGUGGCAGAAGACGGCAAAGCCAGGGGAGCUCAACUACACAUUCAUGACCAACGGCCAGUCAUUCUUCGAUCGAUUCACUACUACUACUAGUACCUACUAAUUAACCAAAUACUAACUAGUAGAUGUAUCCUGCUGGUCCUUGUUCAAAAAAAAAGGAUAUAUCCUGGCUAGUAGUACAGUACCAACAACUUAGCCUUUUUUUUGCUUGUACGUACGGAAGAUCAUCUUAAUUACUGAUUAAUUCA